AUGAAGGGGGGCGGCACCCUCCUGCUAGUGGCGCUCUCCUUGCUCGGCACCCGGCUGGCCACGGGGGAGGACAACAACAAGUUUUUCAUCGACUUCCUGCAAACGCUGCUGGUGGGAUCCGCAGAGGAGCUCUGUGAGGGGCCCCUGGGCAAGUACGACGUCAGUGCAGAUGCCAAGGCAGCGGUAACCGAGCUCAAGUCCUGCACGGAUGGCCUGCAGCCCAUGCACAAGCCGGAGCUGGUCAAGCUGCUGGUGCAAGUGCUGGGCAGUCAGGACGAUGCCUAG